CAGCAUGAACGUUCUUUUAUCCGUUUUCCUUUGUCCGUUAUGCUUCACACCCAAAUAUGUGUUCGCUAAAGGAAAGAUAUCCUGUAAGGAUGCCGCUGGAACGGACGUUGACUGGUUCGUGUUAUACAAGCUUCCGAAGACAAGUCGAAACAAUAAAACAUCUCUGAAAUUGUAUGGAGGUGAAAUGGCGUAUUACGACAGCAUUUCAAACACAACAACCUGGAAAUUGUUGCCUUCAGAUAUAUACAAUGACCUCAAGAACCCAGUUACGGAGACGCUCAAACCUAUUUUUGGAAAGAAACCUGAAAAAGGCGUUGGAGCCGUGGUGUACAAUGACCAGCCACCAAAAAAUUUUAGUGGAACACGAGCAGGGCAUUCGAAAGGAGUCCUCAUGGCCGGGAAAGGGAAGUACGGCGGCACAGUGUGGCUCCAGCACAGUGUUCCCAGGUUCUUGGAACAUCUGGAACAAGGCUUUGUGUACCCAACCAGUGGACGAGAGAACGGACAGCUGUUUCUGUGCCUUUCGAUGGAGCUUGAGGCAGUUGAAGUAGUUGCCAGUCAUCUUCAAGUGCAAGCAGCCAACGUUUACCAAAGAAAUGUGGCAGAAUGGGCUAAGAACUUCCCAGAAUUUUGGAAGAUACUCAACAAAAAUUAUAUGCGGAGCCCCAAAGAAAUAAAGGUCGAUUUUCUGAAGACCCUGAAGGAGCAGACUAUAAUAGCAAUCGCAAAGCCACCGAACUGGCAAAAAGAUGUAUACACUGAAGGACUGAGGGAUCAAGUUAAGGAUAAUAUCACAGUACAGUCCUGGAGAAAUGGCGCAGGCGGUGCUCAAGAUACGUACUGCACACGAAACUAUAGCGUCAGAGACGUUAAUAUAAUAGGUGUGCAGACUAGCAAUGGAUAUGCUGAGUUUGGGAGCAGUGAAGACCACAGCAAGUGGUGUGUCGCACAAGAGAAGGGAAUCUUCUGCGUUUCCUCGCUGAACCGCAUGAAUUCCCAGAAGAAGCGCGGUGGCGAAGUCACGUGUCUGCUGGAUGCCAACUUGGCUCAACUCUUCAGGAGCACGAUCGCAGAAAGCACCAAAUGCGAAUAACACGUGGCACUGCAGUGACGGCAUUAAGAAGAGAGCGUUGCAACUACUGUAGGAAGCCACCACUGCAGAAAUGCCGCAGCACGGUGCGAAAUUCCGAGGGAAUAGAAAUUUGGGGGCUUUGUACCGAAUGUGUCUGGAUUAUCCCUUCGAGGAAAAUAACAGCAAGCUAG